AGACAGGGCCAGCCAGGAUCGCCGCGUAGGAAGUCUCAGAGCUGAACUGACACCCGAAAGAGGAGGAGAGAGCAGCCGGGGGAGGAGGGGAGAGAGCGGCCGAGAGGAGGGCGCUGGGGAGGGUGGAGACACAUGCGCGCUGCCUGCCACCGCCGCCGCCGCCGCUGCAGUCCUUAGCUUCCCCAGGACAGGAAACCUUCGAGACCGAGCUGCCACUGCCGCCUCUUCCUCAGCCCUUGGUUCUGCGCUUGCCACUCCGUCCUCCCCUUCUCCCAGCAUCUCUCGGUGGAGCGCUGCAGGAACUCGGCACCUGGUGCCGGCUCCCCUUCCCGGGGUAAAGCUGUGACGCCCCCCGCUGCAGCGGCGGAGCUGGGUGGGGGUGGGGGCCCGGGAGAAGAUGGCGACGCCGGGAAGCGAACCCCAAUCUUUCGUCCCUGCCCUCUCGGUGUCUACUCUGCACCCACAUCAUCAUCCCCACCAUCACCACCACCAUCAGCACCACGGAGGAACCGGAGCCAACGGCGGGGUUGCGGGAGGCAGCGGCGGCAGCAGCGGGGGCUUCAACCUACCCUUGAACCGGGGGCUGGAACGCGCACUGGAGGAAGCCGCCAACUCUGGGGGGUUGAACCUCAGCGCUAGGAAACUGAAGGAAUUUCCCAGGACCGCGGCCCCCGGGCACGACCUCUCGGACACGGUGCAGGCAGAUUUAUCUAAAAACAGACUGGUUGAAGUUCCAAUGGAAUUGUGCCACUUUGUAUCACUGGAAAUUCUUAAUCUGUAUCAUAAUUGUAUCAGAGUCAUUCCUGAGGCCAUCGUUAAUUUACAGAUGCUGACUUACUUAAACUUGAGUCGAAAUCAGCUGUCCACCCUGCCCGCCUGCCUGUGUGGUCUGCCUCUCAAAGUCUUAAUUGCAAGUAACAACAAACUUGGAUCGCUGCCAGAAGAGAUUGGUCAGCUCAAACAGUUAAUGGAGUUGGAUGUCAGCUGCAACGAGAUCACAGCCUUGCCCCAGCAGAUAGGUCAAUUGAAAUCUCUACGAGAACUGAAUGUCAGAAGGAAUUACCUUAAAGUUUUACCACAAGAACUAGUAGAUCUUCCCUUGGUAAAGUUUGACUUUUCCUGCAAUAAAGUGCUCGUGAUUCCCAUUUGUUUUAGAGAGAUGAAGCAGCUGCAAGUAUUACUACUUGAAAAUAACCCUUUGCAGUCUCCUCCAGCACAGAUUUGCACAAAGGGCAAAGUGCACAUAUUCAAGUAUCUGAGCAUACAAGCCUGUCAGAUUAAAGCAACUGACUCUCUUUAUCUGCACACGAUGGAGAGGCCACAAUUACACCAGCAUGUGGAAGACAGCAAGAAGGAUUCUGAUUCAGGCGUUGGAAGUGAUAAUGGAGAUAAGCGAUUAUCGGCCACAGAGCCUUCUGAUGAAGACACUGUUAGCCUUAAUGUUCCAAUGUCAAAUAUCAUGGAAGAAGAACAGAUCAUCAAGGAGGACUCAUGCCAUCACCUUAGUCCCAUAAAAGGGGACUUUCAUCAGGAAUUUCGAUCAAAGCCUUCCCUUGGUGACAAUGACAACUCUGGAGAAGAAAGAGACCAAUUUACCCAUGGAACAGAUGUUCUCCACUCGGAAUUUAUAAAUUAUAUUAAGGAUAGGGCAGAAGACUGUGAAGAACUGUUACGAAUAGAAGAGGAUAUACACUGGCAACCCGAGGGAAUUUCAUCUAAAGACCAGGAAAUGACUACAGCAAUGAUUGAACAGCUGAGAGAAGCAGUAGAUUUGCUGCAAGAUCCCAACAGAUUAAGCACCGAUAUAACAGAGAAAAAUGUGGUAAACUUUUAUCCAAAAGAAUCAGCAGAAGCCUUAGAAUUACAAGAUUCUGCACAGAACGGUCAAAUGCAGCUGGAGCCAUCUCCGGUGUGUGAGGUGCAAAAUAAUCUAACAUCACAGAGUAAUGGGAGCGAGUAUUCUCCAAAUAAGAUUAGAGAAAACUCCCCUGCAAUCUCUCCUACCACCAGCAGUACAGCUCCGUUUGGCCUGAAGCCUCGAUCAGACCCAGCCCUCACUCUUCCUCCUAUCUCCUUCAACACACUUACACAGGCACAAACAUGGGACAACUCUAGCUACAGUGUUCCAUCUGAAGGAGACAGUGACAAUGUGUUUCUAAGACCUCAGAGAAAUUUGGAAUCUAUAGACCCGCAGUUUACAAUUCGGAGGAAAAUGGAACAAAUGAGAGAAGAAAAAGAACUGAUGGAACAUCUCCGUGAGAGCAUUGAGAUGAGACUCAAGGUCAGCCUGCACGAAGACCUGGGGGCUGCGCUCAUGGAUGGUGUUGUCCUCUGCCAUCUGGUCAAUCACAUCCGCCCGCGAUCUGUUGCAAGCAUCCACGUCCCCUCACCAGCAGUUCCCAAGCUUAGCAUGGCCAAAUGCAGAAGAAAUGUGGAAAACUUUUUGGAAGCAUGCCGAAAAUUAGGAGUACCAGAGGAAAAACUAUGUCUACCCCAUCACAUCCUUGAAGAGAAAGGCCUGGUCAAAGUGGGCAUUACUGUUCAAGCAUUGCUAGAUGUGACUAUAACGAAGGCUGUAUUCACAUGAAACCAACUCCUGUCCUUUGGGUCGGCCCAAACCCUUCUCCCAUCAGAGAUCCUGAACUCUGCUCUCGGCACCAGUUCCCCCAUCCUCCCACCCAUUGCCUGUGUUCAUGAGUCUAGUUGCAUUUAAGGGAGGACCUAAGAGAAGAUUUUCUACCUUUCAGAACUGACCUCCGAAAUUAAGAUGUGGCAGGUAUUUAUCUUGAAGCCAGUGAGGGAGCUGGUUACGAAGAACUAACAGCACAUCAAUGCCUUUACAACCUCCUGCACCCCUUCCAUGCUCACCCACUGCCAUUACCAAAAUACCAAGCACAACUAUUUUGCAGCAACAUGCACUUGUUUCACUAAAGCCAAACUCAUUGUAUAUUUAGUGGGGGGGAUGAGGGGGGACUCGAUCAAGUUUUUCAUCACCAAAUUUUUCAAGAGAUUUCUUGAGACCAUUGCCUUUUAAAAAUCUAUUUUCGACAUACAAAAUAUUUAUAUAAAUGUUAUUUAUUAGUGAGUUGUUAUUCAUCCUUUGGAUGCAAAUUGUAAAUUAGGAAACUAUUUUAUUACUGCUUUUUUGUGGUUAAACACUUUUUAAAUUAUAAAUAUUGAGUUAUUUUCUAUCCUCUUUGGUGUGCAUAGUUCUGGGUCUCAAUAAUCAUGUUUUCUGGUAUAUAUAACUCAGAAAAAAAAACAGGUGCUUCUGUGACAAGAACUGUUUUCUGGGGAGGCAUUACUUACACUUUGGUUUAUAGAACAUUGGUCUUGUUUAUAUUUCUGCAUUCCAUACAGUUUCCUACAUUCCAGCAGCCCUGUUGUCCCAUGAUACAAUAAACUGACUGAAAUCAAAAGAGCACCCCAAAGUUAUUUGUAAAUAGCUGUGAUGAGGAAAAAGACAUUAAACUUGAAGAUAAAAUGUGAA